UCUUACUCACAAUGGCUGCUUUGGACCAGGACAUUAUGGACGCAUCUGUCGCCCAAGGGAACGACAUGAGCGAUCCAUUCCUUGAGCAGGCGCUGAGACUCAUGAAUAUUAGCAUUGAUUAUCUUCUCACACCCUGCGGAGAGAUCAGGACCAUCUACCGACCCUUCCCUACAGCUAAUGGGCAUGCCUCGCGAAAUCCGAGAUACCAUCUACAAGCUGCUCUUAGUAAAGGAAGACUCGAUCUUGGUGCAGUUCGAUCGUUCCCACGGAUACAUCAGAAGAAAUCACGAAACCGGCCACGAGGACUCGGAUUACAGCAUCGUUGAUUUCACAGCAAUGACAGUUGGACCCAAACACAUCACCAGCAUCCUCCGUGCCAACAAACAGUUCAUGGAGGAAGGCACGGAUAUUCUGUACGGAGAAAAUCUCUUCGAGUCAUACCAUAUCCGUGCCUUCGACGAUGUAUUCGUCAAGAAUUCUGAGUACGGCAUUGGGCGAAAGAAUGCAGCCAAAAUCAAGUCGGCGCGGUUCGGAGUGCCCCAGAACAUCAUCGUAUACGAUCUGGGUCAUGAUGAUAUCCUGGAUUUCCUGUGCAAAGUUUUGAAGAAUCUGCAGCAUCUGACGCUCACGACAAGAUGGAUUUCGGAGAAGCCAACAAGCCGUGAUGAUGGCGAGUGGGUGAAACUUGACCAAGGACCCAAUAUCCGCGCCCUUCUCACUGCUGCAGCGCGAGUGACUAAGUUUCAUCCUGGACUACGCAAGGCGAUCUGGCGUCAAUGGAGUGGCGGCUACUUUUCAAAGGGAUGGCGAUACGAUGACUACUCGGAAUCGCAAGUCGAUGAGCUCGUUGGUGCAUUCUUCGUAGAUCUCGUGGUUGAGGGGCUUGCACCAGUUUUGAAAGGAAGUACGACAAAGAAGGACCCCUAUGGCGAGGACUUUCAGUCAAGGGACAUGGUGCUAAACAGUCAACUCGUACGGAGCAUUGCUCGCUAUGACAAGGAAGGCUGGCGCGAUCUCCAACGCUUUGGGCUCCGCAACGACGUGAAGACAUCUGAGGUGGAUCCGAGUCGGGUUGAAAGCUGGCUUGGCCCCAAACAACACAAUUUGUUGGCGGAGGUUGAUCCGGAGAGUGCUGCUGCGGAAGAACGAUAUCUUGCGUACAUGCAGUUCCGGGCGUAUUGAUGCGUUCCAAUGAGGCUCGACGAGAAGUUUAUCAAGAUCGGUCCCAUACCGCCGAGGGGUGAUCACUGUGAUAUUGGAAUUGGGGAGCCGUGCAAUGUGGGGUGUGGACAUGGUCAGGGCGCUGUUCGGAAGGAAUGACACUGCUCUGUAUGACUUACGUGCUGGG